CGCAGUGACGUUGCAUCCUUCCAGUUCCUCGCCUCCUCCCUCUUUCGCUCUUGUGAAUCUCUCAGACUUCAUAACUCCUUUUACGACACUGAGUCUCAGAGACAGUCUCGGUGCCAGGUCCACUUUUCGGCAAAGUGACGUGGACGUCAACAGCAAUGGCGGAAGGAGAAGAGCUUCUGCCACUGUCAACGUCGGGCGGGGACAACUGGGAAAAAGAUCUUGAAGAAGCCCUUGAAGCAGGAGGCUGUGACCUUGAAACUUUGAGAAAUAUAAUUCAAGGGAGACCACUGCCCGCUGAGCUGAGGGCCAAGGUUUGGAAGAUUGCUCUGAACGUUGCAGGAAAAGGUGAUAGCUUGGCAUCAUGGGAUGGUAUUUUAGACUUGCCCGAGCAGGAAACUAUUCAUAAAGAUUGCCUAGACUUUAUUGAGCAGCUCUCAGUGCCAGAGGAGAAGGCAGCAGAAUUACUUCUGGACAUUGAAUCUGUAAUUACUUUUUACUGUAAAUCCCGCAAUGUUAAAUACAGCACAUCCCUGAGCUGGACUCAUCUACUGAAACCACUAGUGUGUCUGCAGCUGCCUCGCAGCGACCUGUACAACUGCUUUUAUGCCAUCAUGAAUAAGUACAUCCCCAGGGAUUGUUCUCUGAAGGGGAGGCCAUUUCAUCUCUUCCGACUGCUCAUCCAGUACCAUGAGCCUGAGCUCUGUUCUCUUCUUGAUACGAAGAAAAUCACUCCAGACUCCUAUGCACUCAACUGGCUCGGGAGCCUUUUUGCACAUUACUGUUCCAUGGAGGUCACCCAGGCGAUAUGGGAUGGAUACCUACAGCAAGCGGAUCCAUUUUUUAUUUAUUUCUUAAUGUUAAUUAUCCUUGUUAAUACAAAAGAAGUUAUUUUAGCACAAGAGUCUGACAGCAAAGAAGAAGUUAUCCACUUCUUGGAAAGUACUCCAUCCAGCUUGAAUCUAGAAGAUAUAGAAGAUCUUUUCUCUUUGGCUCAGUAUUACUGCAGUAAAACACCAGCCUCUUUUAGGAAGGAUAACCAUCAUCUCUUUGGUAGCACUCUGUUGGGGAUCAAGGAUGACGAGGCUGAUCUGAGCCAGGCUCUAUGUCUGGCUGUUUCAGUGUCAGAGAUCCUUCAAGCCAAUCAGCUGCAAGGGGAAGGAGUCCGGUUCUUCGUGGUGGACUGCCGUCCUGCAGAACAGUACAAUGCGGGGCACUUGUCAACUGCGUUCCACUUAGACUCAGACCUGAUGCUCCAGAAUCCAUCCGAGUUUGCACAGUCAGUCAAGUCCCUGCUGGAAGCACAGAAGCAGUCCAUUGAGUCUGGCUCCAUCGCCGGCGGGGAGCACCUCUGCUUUAUGGGCAGUGGGCGAGAGGAGGAAGACAUGUACAUGAACAUGGUCCUGGCUCACUUCCUACAGAAAAACAAGGAAUAUGUUAGUAUUGCCAGUGGAGGAUUUAUGGCCCUGCAGCAGCACCUGGCAGACAUAAACGUGGAGGGCCCAGAGAGUGGGUACGGCCAUUGGAUUGCCAGCACCUCAGGCUCAAGGGGCAGCAUCAGCUCCGUCGAUGGUGAAUCUUGUAAUGGCUCAAAUGAUCGAGGGAUGAAGUCCCUUGUAAAUAAAAUGACUGUGGCUCUAAAGACGAAGUCUGUUAACGUCAGGGAAAAGGUCAUCAGUUUUAUUGAGAAUACAUCAACUCCUGUGGACCGAAUGUCUUUCAAUCUUCCUUGGCCAGACAGAUCCUGUGCUGAGCGGCAUGUGAGCAGCAGUGACAGAGUGGGCAAGCCUUACCGAGGAGUAAAGCCAGUGUUCAGCAUCGGGGACGAAGAGGAAUACGACACAGAUGAAAUUGACAGCUCUUCCAUGUCAGACGAUGAUAGGAAAGAAGUUGUAAACAUCCAGACCUGGAUCAACAAGCCGGACAUCAAGCAUCACUUUCCCUGUAAAGAAGUAAAGGAGAGUGGCCACAUGUUUCCGAGCCAUCUUUUGGUCACUGCGACACAUAUGUACUGCCUAAGGGAGAUUCUUUCGAGGAAAGGACUGGCUUACAUCCAGUCUCGACAAGCACUAAAUUCUGUAGUUAAAAUUACGUCCAAAAAAAAACAUCCUGAGCUAAUUACCUUCAAGUAUGGAAACAGCAGUGCUUCCGGGAUAGAAAUCUUGGCUGUUGAAAGGUAUCUGAUUCCAAAUGCAGGAGAUGCUACCAGAGCCAUAAAACAGCAGAUCAUGAAAGUGUUGGAUGCUUUGGAAAGUUAAUGUAAAAGACAGUUAUUUAAGUGAAAUUAAGGCAACCAAGAGAAA